CAGGCCAGCUGCGCGCUAGCUCAGCCCAGCAGGGAGGCUGGAAUGGGCUUCCCGGCGACUUCAUCUUCACCUCCAGGGACUUACAGGGUCUUCCCCACGCCCACCCGCCACCACCAGCCACCUCCCGCUGCCCCCCGCUGUCCCCGAGGGUGUCACGUGGCGGGGUGGGAUCCGCCUCCGGUGACGUCACCGCGCUCACAGGCGUUGCGUUGAAGAAAGGAUGCUCUAGGAUGCUGUGCAGGUGGGUGGCCGGGCUGCGCCAUGCGGCACUGCAGGUAUAACUAGCAUGGUCACAUGCAGGAGCGAUGAGCGUCUCUGGAAACCUGAUGGAUUUUCUCGAUGAGCCGUUCCCUGAUGUGGGGACCUAUGAGGACUUCCACACCAUCGACUGGCUGAGGGAAAAGUCACGGGACACUGACAGACACAGGAAGAUAACCAGCAAAAGCAAGGAGUCCGUGUGGGAGUUCAUCAAGGGUCUGCUGGAUGCCUGGUCAGGAUGGGUGGUCAUGCUGCUCAUAGGCCUGCUGGCGGGCACCUUGGCUGGGGUCAUCGAUCUGGCCGUCGACUGGAUGACCGACUUGAAGGAGGGGAUCUGCCUGUCUGCCUUCUGGUACAGCCAUGAGCAGUGCUGCUGGACUUCCACUGAAACCACUUUUGAGGAUAGAGACAAAUGUCCCCUGUGGCAGAAGUGGUCGGAGCUGCUGGUGAAUCAAUCGGAGGGUGCCAGUGCUUACAUUCUGAACUACCUGUUGUACAUCCUGUGGGCCUUGCUGUUUGCAUUCUUGGCUGUCUCCCUGGUGCGUGUCUUUGCGCCCUACGCCUGUGGUUCUGGUAUACCAGAGAUAAAGACCAUUCUGAGCGGCUUCAUCAUUAGGGGCUACUUGGGCAAGUGGACCCUGCUGAUCAAGACCGUCACCCUGGUGCUGGUAGUGUCCUCAGGCCUGAGCCUCGGGAAGGAAGGGCCACUGGUGCACGUGGCUUGUUGCUGUGGCAACUUCUUCAGCAGCCUCUUCUCCAAGUAUAGCAAGAAUGAGGGCAAGAGGCGUGAGGUCCUGUCAGCUGCGGCUGCUGCCGGAGUCUCAGUUGCCUUUGGUGCUCCAAUUGGGGGUGUGCUUUUCAGUCUAGAAGAGGUCAGUUACUACUUUCCCUUGAAGACCUUGUGGAGGUCCUUUUUCGCGGCCCUGGUGGCGGCUUUCACUCUUCGAUCCAUUAAUCCCUUUGGGAACAGCCGCCUUGUUCUCUUUUAUGUGGAAUACCACACACCCUGGUACAUGGCCGAGCUCUUUCCCUUCAUCCUGCUGGGGGUCUUUGGGGGCUUAUGGGGAACCCUCUUUAUCCGCUGCAACAUCGCCUGGUGCAGGAGGCGCAAAACCACUAAGCUGGGGAAAUACCCGGUGCUGGAGGUCAUCGUGGUGACUGCCAUCACCGCCAUCAUCGCCUACCCCAAUCCCUACACCCGCCAGAGCACAAGUGAGCUCAUUUCUGAGCUGUUCAAUGACUGUGGGGCCCUUGAGUCCUCCCAGCUCUGUGACUACAUCAACGACCCCAACAUGACCCGGCCUGUGGAUGACAUUCCCGACCGGCCAGCUGGGCGCGGGGUAUACACGGCCAUGUGGCAGCUGGCACUGGCGCUGAUCUUCAAAAUCGUCAUUACCAUAUUCACCUUUGGCAUGAAGAUCCCAUCAGGCCUCUUCAUCCCCAGCAUGGCUGUGGGAGCCAUGGCAGGCAGGAUGGUGGGAAUUGGCGUGGAGCAGCUCGCUUACCAUCACCAUGACUGGAUCAUCUUCAGGAACUGGUGCAGGCCUGGAGCGGACUGCGUUACCCCAGGACUUUAUGCAAUGGUGGGAGCAGCAGCCUGCCUAGGCGGAGUUACCAGGAUGACUGUGUCCUUGGUGGUCAUCAUGUUUGAAUUAACGGGUGGUCUAGAGUACAUUGUACCCCUGAUGGCAGCAGCUGUGACCAGCAAGUGGGUGGCCGAUGCCUUUGGAAAAGAAGGCAUCUACGAGGCCCACAUCCACUUAAACGGGUACCCAUUUCUGGAUGUGAAGGACGAGUUCACUCAUCGCACACUGGCCACCGACGUCAUGCGGCCUCGGCGGGGAGAGCCGCCACUAUCUGUGCUCACCCAGGACAGCAUGACCGUGGAGGAUGUGGAGACACUCAUCAAAGAGACUGACUACAACGGCUUCCCUGUGGUGGUCUCCAGGGACUCUGAGCGCCUCAUUGGAUUUGCCCAGAGGAGGGAACUGAUUCUUGCAAUAAAGAACGCCAGACAGAGGCAGGAGGGCAUCGUGAGCAAUUCCAUCAUGUACUUCACGGAGGAGCCCCCUGAGCUGCCGGCCAACAGCCCACAACCCCUGAAGCUACGCCGUGUCCUGAACCUCAGCCCUUUCACAGUCACGGAUCACACCCCCAUGGAGACGGUGGUGGAUAUCUUCCGGAAACUGGGGCUCCGGCAGUGCCUGGUGACGCGGAGUGGGAGACUUCUUGGCAUCAUCACAAAAAAGGAUGUUCUGAGACAUAUGGCCCAGAUGGCAAACCAGGACCCUGAAUCCAUCAUGUUUAAUUAGAAACAAAAUGGCCAUUAUUUUAAGGAGAAUACAACUGUGUCAUUUUAAAAGAAGUAAACAAAUGAUAUGUUAUUGUUCUAAUGAAUGAUCCAAAAGCUUUGUUUGAAAGGAAGGGAAGAAGGAUGAAACCUUUUGUUAAAAAAAUACAUUAAUGAAUAGGCAUUUUAUAGCUUUAACUCCUUAUGAGUUUCAAAUUGUGUUUGUUAAUGACUUUACUAACUGCUAUGGGGGCAUGUGUGUGGGUGUAAAUGAUGGAACACAAAUGCUGAAUCAAGAAAUGUUUGCCCUUCUGUUCAAGGCUGCUGUUUAGGAAGAUUUGUCCAAAAGGCAAAGGGGUAUUGGUUUGUCAGUGUCCCUAUUUAUUGGUUCCUGAAGUUUUGCUGCUAAGUUACAGAAUCGGACUAAAGAUAUUUGCACUUACUUUGUUGGAAAAGGAAAAGAAAUUAAAGCUGAACAUAGUGAAAACUGCAAGUAUGGGGUCACGCAUGACUAUCCCAUUUCUUGUUCCUGUUCUCAGUCUGUUAUUUUGCGUAUCCAUCAGUUUCUGAAUGAACAUCAGGAUCACCUGUUGUUAUGAGUAUGAAGAAACAAUUUCUCUAUGCAAGACCAGCAUCUUGGGACUGCCUGACUAACUAUUGGAACGUUAUUGCUGCACUGUGUUUCCUUCCAUGCAAAGGGAUCCAUCCUUAUCAUGAGUGUGUACUCUCCCAAUCUCUGAUCUGCAACCUCAUUGCAUUUGCUUCAUUUAUUUAUUGAUGUUGCCUGUGCAUUCUUAAAUAUUGAUCAGUCCAACAUUUUCUAUGGGACAUAUCCUAUAUGCUACCAGCUUGUCAUAAGUGUGUAUUAAUUUCCAAAUAGCCUAUACAGGAGUCAGUCAGAACAGGCUACCCAGAGUUACUACUUAUUUUUCCUCUCAGAUCUUAUUAAAUACGGCUGCCGAGAGGGUGAGGCAUACGAGUUCUCAGUGGGAAGUCCUCCAAAUGGAUUGCAAGAGAAAUACUAAAUUGAUUCUAAAUCUGUUCCAUUCUCUUCUCUGUAGGAUGCAAAACACCCAGCUUUAAUGUAUAAGCAUGCCCUUUCAUACCAACUAUCAAAGCACAGGAGGACAGAGUUCAAUUCUAGAUACCAAUUUGAGCAUUGGGCAUCUCUGUAACGAUGCAUUUAUUCUUUUAGUCAGGACUUCUGUCUUUUCUGGGGGAAAGAAUGAAGCUGUGUUUUUAGGUCCACUGUAUGAUUUGUAUGAAUAAGAGUUAUCCUGUUUGCUCUCUUUGUUCUUCUCUUUUCAUGGACUCGUCCUCAUCCUUGUCAAUCUCAUCAUUGGAUGUUGAUGUAUCAGGUGUGCAUUUGGCUGCAAAUCAUAGAAAACCCAAUGAGCAGUGAUGAGCUGAAUAGGAAACCUGGUGUCGGGCAUUCAGGGCUAUCAUCAUAAUAUUGCCAAGGGUCCACACUUUUUGGUAUUUUUUUCCAGCAUCCUUUGUCCUUUGGCUUAUUGCCUCAUAGUCACAAGAUGGUUACUUAACUGCCAGGUAUGAUGUCUGUUUUCUAAUCAGGAAGAGACAAGGAACUGGUGCAAUGAUAAUAUCAAGAAUACAAAGCUCUCCCAGAGAUGCCCAGCUUUUGUCCACUAGCUAGACUUCUGUCACAUGGCUCCCUCCAGCUGCAUAUGAGUUUGGGAAGGACAAUGUUUAGCAAGGUGUAUUACUCUCAGAACAAUAUUUAAAUUCUCUUAAUGAGAAAGGGGGAUUGGUCCUUGGGAGGGAAGUGCCUGCUCUAUUGGAUGUCAUCAUUGUGUUCCUGUCAUUGUUCUUCCUGUCCUCUUUACCCUUGCUUGCUGAACCUCUUUGAACACUCUUUUCUAACCUUAUUGUCCCCACUCUUCUCUCAGAUGUGACAGAGAACUCCCAAUCAGAACCCAUCAUUUCUUAGCCCUAAUAAAAAUGUUCAGGUUGGAGCCCUGGCCAGUUUGGCUCAGCGGUUGGAGCGUUGGCCUGCAGACCAGAGAGUCCCGGGUUCGGUUCCCGCUAGGAGCAUGUACCAAAAAAGAAAAAAAAAUGUUCAGGUUGGAUAAAAACCUAGCUAAAAGUAUGUUUCUAUGAAAAUUUCAAGUUGAUGUAUUUAAAAAGUUUGCAGGUCAUGCUGACAAACUAUGGAAAAAACUUGUUUCUUUAAUUGGCUCCCUCCAAAAUAAUAUCAGAUAGCCAAUUCAGUGUGGAAAUACCAGUCAGUAGGAGAUAAUUCAGUGUUCAAUCUUAUAAUAGAGUGAAAUUUGGUGUCUCAUACACAGCAUGUAAGUAUUGAGUAACAGAUCCAAAUGUUAGUGUUGUUAUUGGGGUUCCAUGCUGCACAUGCAAGUGAAGCUGGAUUUUCCUGGACUUUACAUCCUAAAUAGUCUUAAGAAUGGUUUCAUAUAAUUUCCCUCUUAUUCCCACAUGGCCUCCCCAAAGAGCAUUAGUCAGAGCCUGGAUUUAGAUAAUCCAGGAUGACCUUUUAGCUGAAUCAAUGAGCUUGACAAGGGAACAUGGAACAGUGAACGGGCAGCCAAAGGUCAGUGAUACCACAGAAUUUCUCCUCCAGCUGAGGCAUGGAGGGAUGAUAGGUUAGUUUAAUCUGGGCCAAGAUCACCAAGGGGAGUUGUGUCUCUUUUACCCCACCCCGGUGCUUAGCGUAGGGAUAUCUGUGAAUUCACUGGGAACAGUUGGGAGUGUUAACCUGACUUAAACAACCAAACUUUGUUUCCCUUCAUAAGUUGAACCUCCAAUUUGUUGAGGUCAGGCUCUCCAAGACUAAAGGCCAGGGUCAGACAGGCAGGUUAAGGUCAAGGAUGGGGGAGUUUGCAAUGAGGACUACCAGAGCCACUUGCCUUUCUCCCCUGGGUCCCUAACUCAGCCAUGUGGUCCACUCACCCUCCUGCCAAACUCCAUAGGGAACAUUCUGUCCAGCUUGGUCACUCCUUGUUAAAAGGCAUGUGGGUGGGUAUUUGGAAGUUAUUUAUUGUACCCAAAUAUAGAACUUCAUCACUUUCCCAGGUGAUCUGAUGGGCAAUAUAAGUAGAACUGGGAUGUGAAGAUGAAAUAAACAUUUUUCAGAGGAAUGUUUUUGUUUCCUUUUUUCAGAACCAAAGGCUUUAUAUAUUUGUAGAACUUAAUUAUUUCAGAAUCAGGUUUUUAUGUAAAUACACUUAAAUGCACAAUGGAAAAGAUGCUCUCUAACCAGGCACAUCGACCUAUCUGUUGCUCUCCCUCUGUUACUAAGGAACUGUGUCAUAGAAGUCAGACACCUAAUAAAGUGUUCCACAAAGUGA